GUCAAGGUCGCGCGAUACUUGCGUCGCCUUCCUCGAUCCAUCGACACCAGAACUUUCCUGCGCGAUUUUUUGAAUGAAAGUCACAGUUUUUUCGGUUGAGUUUUUGAGGGAUCGGUUUUUGGACGAUACGGGUUCGAUUUUUAUGGGUUUUAGUGUUAAUCGGUGUUUAGAUUGUUGUAUUAUAGGUUAGGAAUUUAUAAACAAAGUCAAAGUUUUUAGUGAGCCAUGGGACACUUUUUCUUGUAUAAAUAAAACAACAACUAAAAUGAACGAGCUCCUCCACAAAUCACGACCGAACUUUUUCAUAGAAAACAAGCUUUACAUCAACUUAAAAAAAUAAAAAGAACCCAAAAGGCAAAAACCACCAUUUUUAUCGACAAUGAUAGUAAACGCAAUGGCUUCAUUUUCAGGAACUUUGACGGCGACGUCAACAAAUAUACCGAUCGUUUUCCAAAAUGCAACAACCGCAAAUCAUACCAACGUUACAAAUAUUGAAAAUCCGCACCCCGAUUGGGCGGACCUGCUGAUUGUCAUACUGAAAGGGUUCAUUUUUGGGACUAUAAUAGUUAGCGCCGUUUUGGGGAAUGCCCUGGUUAUUAUAUCGGUGCACAGGCACAGGAAGUUGAGGGUUAUAACGAAUUAUUACGUAGUUAGUUUGGCGAUGGCUGAUAUGUUGGUAGCCCUGUGCGCGAUGACGUUUAACGCUAGUGUAGAGUUGACGAACGGGAAGUGGUUAUUCGGAUAUUUUAUGUGUGACGUUUGGAACUCUCUGGACGUCUAUUUUUCCACAGCAUCGAUUCUGCAUCUAUGUUGCAUUUCAGUCGACAGGUACUACGCCAUAGUACGACCGCUGGAGUACCCCAUAACUAUGACGCACAGAACCGUAUCAUUCAUGCUGGCCAACGUAUGGAUGUGGCCGGCCUUAAUAUCAUUCACACCGAUAUUUUUGGGUUGGUACACAACGGCAGAGCAUCGCAUUUACCGCGAAAAAAACCCCAACGUAUGCAUCUUCGUCGUCAACAAAUAUUACGCUCUGAUAUCGUCGUCGAUAUCCUUCUGGAUACCUGGUAUUGUAAUGGUUACCAUGUACUGCCGAAUCUAUAAAGAAGCCAUACGACAACGUAAAGCUCUAUCGAGAACCUCAUCAAACAUAAUCCUGAACUCCAUUCACCAACACAGGACUUCAUACAGAGAUAGAUAUGGAGACCACUACCUUCACCCAUCAGAUGGUGAAUGCACCACAGUUGGUCAAAUAAAUGGCAGAAGAUCUACAAGUUCUGGUUCUAAUGCAUCAUAUGGUACUACUACCACAGAGUUUAAUACUGCUAUGAACUCAAGGGACAGUAAGGCUGCUACAGAACUUAAUAUGAAUGGCACGACCAUCCGACAACAAUCGAAAAGUUGGAGAGCGGAACACAAAGCGGCGCGAACGCUCGGUAUAAUAAUGGGAGCUUUCAUGCUAUGCUGGUUGCCGUUUUUUCUAUGGUACGUCAUCACGACCCUUUGCGGUGACAAUUGCCCGACCCCAGACUGGGUCAUAGGCAUGCUUUUCUGGGUGGGCUACUUCAACAGCGCGCUCAACCCGCUGAUCUACGCCUACUUCAACAGGGACUUCCGGGAGGCUUUCAAGGACACCCUGAUGUGCGCACUGCCGUGCUGCUUCGGCUGCUGGAAGACGCCUGCUAGAUACCUCUAGCCGAAAGACUUUUCCCCCUCCUAUCGCGACGAACGACUGUGAUUUUAAGCUAGUUAGAGUAGAGGGGUUUACAUUAGAGGGUAGGUAAAGCGAUAGGAGGUGGUGGACUGCUGUACAUUUAUAUGAAAAGUGUAGAUUUUUCGAAAAAUUAACAAAAAAAAUUGAUAGUAUUUAUAUUUUUAGUAUAGUGCAUAGAAACAAGUCAUUCUUGUCCACCCACGAAAAAAUUUUCCAUCAGGAUUUAGAGAGAUGUCAACCCAAAAAAGGAAAAACAUUUCUUUAAAAUUGAGGUUGCAUUACAUCUUAAAGAAGUUUUUUUUCAAAAAAUGUUCAUCAUAAUAAUGAAUAUAAUAUAUCUCAGUUAGUAUGCAUUUUACAAAAAAAUGUUUAAAAUAAAAAUUAAAUGAUUCGAGGGG